AUGGGUCUGUCAAACUUUCUCUCGAAGAUCUCUAUCUAUUUCGACAGCCGUUACAAACUUCCAGUUCAUGUUGUUGAACUAUGUCUGGUUACAAUAGUCAUCAUUUUAUCCGUCGUCCGAGCUGCUAUGGGAAUGCCUCAACGAGCACAUAUCAUGGGGAUUGCUAUUGGGGUCAAAUCGUCUAUCUUCAUUCUCUACCAACUCCUCACGGAACACACCCAAAAGUUUUCGAGGUGGGCCAGCAAAAAGACAAACCUCAUUCUUAACUGUAUCGACUGCCCAUUCUGGGGUGCGAUGAUGUUCCUGUUAUUCCAAGCCAACAUUACAAGAGUGUGUACUGGAACUUCUUGCGUUAUUAGCUGGGUCAUGGCAGCAUUGUCAAUUGCUCUAUUUCUGCUCUCUCACUGGGUUGCUUUCGAAUCUUAUUUCGAAUACAAGAACCAAGGUAGGAAAACCGCAUUGGACACAAGCGACAGCAGUGCCUAUGAAGUGAUGGAAACUGGUGGCAAUGGCAACAGGCCUGUGGGCCCACGCGACCCUCCUCGGUACUAG